CGAUACGCAAAGUUUAGUUUUCCAUUAAUGGCUGCAAUAGCGCUGGUUCGUCGUUCUAUUUUACUUUCUCACAAAUUUACAGCUGCACGAAGCAUCCACAUGUCAUCUGCACGCGAACGAUCGGAGAAGGUUUUGGAGGAGUUGAAGGAGAAAAACCCUUACUUCGAAAAGUAUGCUAGCAAAAUAGCAGCCGUGCAGCAUAGCUCACCGGAGGAAUUUCUCUCCCGGCUCGACGGUGUAGAGAAGGAAAAGAAAAAGCCAAAAUUCGGCCCUUCCGAAAUGGAUCGUGACUAUUCUGAACUUCUUAAACCUAAAGCUCCACUUGCAACCGAAGCGACGAGAGACAUUUCCCAUCGCAAGCUCAGCGACAUUAUGCGGCUUGAAUUGAUCGAAGAUAAAUCCGCUGAUGAUAUCAAGCAUCUGUGGUUGGAAUAUCAUAAAGACAAGGAUGUCAUAACGGCUGCAAUUCCAGUAGCUCAAUUCAAUCUAAUGAUGGCUCGGGCUAAGCAAUACCCUGUGUUUAUUCUUCCAAUACCCCGAAGCCAAGGGUAUGAGUUUAUUAUGUUGCAAUUUGCAGCAAAUACAGUACAUUUUACGCCGCUUUUGAAUUACCAGGUUCACAAAGAAAACGCACCGGAAUGUUUAAACAUUGCCAUGUUCACCGAAUGUUCCGACAAAGGAAUCGUGCUAAUGCGGGGAGAGUAUGAUACGAAAGUACUCAAUGCGCAGGAAGCGCAAUGUUUGGCCAAUCAAGUUCAACUAUACUACAGUCAGAACAAUGAAUCGAAAGUACACCUGCUUGAGACAUUUACCAAGAGUCCAGAUAAGUUCAAGCACAUGGAUAUCAUUGAGGAGCUAAAUAAUUUGAAGAUUUAA